AGGAGCUGAAGUGCGACGCUGAAAAAUGACAGCUCUCAGGUAGUCCCGGGCUGUCGCUACUGUUUUACGCACGUCUGGGGCCACAGAGCACGCGUGAAAAGGUGACUCAGCCCCUUUGCCCACGCCCGCGUUUCUCAUGCUGCCCGCGCGCCUCACUUGUAGGCUGCUGUGCAGCCUUCUGCGGGGAUCCACUCCCACGAUAGGGCUCCAUGGCCUCCGGGAGAAGCUCCUCGAGAGGAGAGGUGCAGCCAACGCCACCUCCCAGCACCCAUCCGGCCUGGGAUGUGGGCUUCCCCGUGGCGCGACAGCGACUGGGGAUAACCAAGGAAGGGCUGACAUGGAGGAGAGUUUUCUGUUCCCCGAGUACGUCCCGGAUCCGGAGCCCGCAGUGACCCUCCAGGACCAGCUGCGGGAGCUGCAGCAGCGGCAGGAGGAGGAGGAGCGACGGGUGCUGCAGCGACGGGAGGAGCGGCGGCAGCAGAAACUACGCACCGGCUGGCGGGGGCACCCGGACCCGACGGUGCCGCCCAGCGGCCUGAACUGUUCGGGUUGCGGGGCGGAGCUACACUGCCAGGACCCGGGAGUGCCCGGUUACUUGCCCAGCGAGAAGUUCCUAAGCGCGGCGGCGCAGGAGGACGGCGGGCUGGCGCAGACCGUGUGCCAGCGCUGCUGGCUGCUGGUGCAUCACUGCCGCGCCCUGCACCUGCAGGUGAGUCGCGAGCAGUACCUGGAGCUGGUGACCGCCGCGCUGCGGCGGCCCGAGCCUGCCCUGGUGCUCUACAUGGUGGACCUGCUUGAUCUGCCCGACGCCCUGCUGCCCCACCUGCCCGCGCUGGUGGGCCCCAAGCAGCUGAUCGUGCUGGGAAACAAGGUGGACCUUCUGCCCCAGGAUACUCCCGGCUACCGACAGCGGCUCCGGGAGCGACUGUGGGACGACUGUGCCCGCGCCGGGCUCCUGCCGCCCCCUGGCUACCGAAGGCCACAACACCCCAACGGGGACCGGCCACGGGACGGGGAGGAGAAUGCGAAUCUUUCGCCCAGGUCCCGCACGGUGCUCAGAGACGUGCGGCUCAUCAGCGCCAAGACUGGCUAUGGAGUCGAAGAGUUGAUCUCCGCGCUCCAGCGUUCCUGGCGCUACCGCGGCGACGUCUACCUGGUUGGCGCCACCAACGCUGGCAAGUCCACUCUCUUCAACACGCUCCUGGAGUCCGAUUACUGCAUCGCCAAGGGCGCUGAGGCUAUCGACAGAGCCACCAUCUCCUCUUGGCCUGGUACUACAUUAAACCUUCUGAAGUUUCCUAUUUGUAACCCAACUCCUUACAGAAUGUUUCAAAGGCAAAAAAGGCUUAAAAGAGGUGCAACUGAAGCAGAAGAAGAUCUCAGUCAGCAAGAACAAAAUAAACUUAAUCUCUUGAAAAAGCAUGGUUAUGUAGUAGGAAGAGUUGGAAGAACAUUCUUGUAUUCAGAAGAACAGAAGGAUAAAGCUGCCUUUGAGUUUGAUGCCGAUUCACUUGCCUUUGACAUGGGAAAUGAACCUGUUAUGGUUGCAGAUAAAUCCACCAAACGAGUAGAAUUGACCCCACAAGAUGUGAAAGAUGCCCACUGGUUUUAUGACACCCCUGGAAUUACAAAAGAAAAUUGUAUUUUAAGUCUUCUAACAGAAAAAGAAGUAAAUACUGUUUUGCCAACACAUUCCAUUGUUCCAAGAACUUUCGUGCUUAAACCAGGAAUGGUUCUAUUUUUGGGUGCCAUAGGCCGCAUAGAUUUUCUGAAGGGAAAUCAGUCAGCUUGGUUUACAGUUGUGGCUUCCAACUUCCUUCCCGUUCACAUUACUUCGUUGGACAAGGCGGACACUAUAUAUCAGAGGCACAGGGGUCAUACGUUACUCAAGGUUCCAAUGGGUGGAGAAGAAAGAAUGGCAGGAUUUCCUCCUCUUGUUGCUGAAGACAUCACAUUAGAUGAAGGACUUGGGGAAUCUGAAGCAGUGGCUGACAUCAAGUUCUCCUCUGCAGGCUGGGUAGCAGUAACGCCGCAGUUCAAGGACAAACUGCACCUCCGAGGCUACACACCUCAAGGAACAGUUCUGACGGUCCGGCGCCCACUCUUGCCACAUGUAGUUAACAUCAAAGGAGAGCGCAUCCGGAGAAGCGUGGCCUAUAAAACCAAAAAGCCUCCUGCCCUUGUGUACAAUCUGCGGAAAAAGAAAAAAUAAUAAAUAUAUGAAGCUGACCUGUUCACAUUGAACAUUAAUGAUAUAGAACAUACUGUGUACAUUGCAUUGCAUUAAAUAUUGCUAUAAUAAAGCCUUCCGCCACCCUUUUUAAGCUACCAAG